AUGAAUCCUGUGCUAUUGCUGUCUUUGUUCCUGUCAGUUUUUCCUCAGGCUUUACAAGCUUCAGAAAAGCCAAAAAGAUCAGCUUUAAAUCAGCUCACCAGGUUAUUGCUUCGCAAAUAUGACUGUGGAGUUCGGCCUGUCCAGAACUGGACCGAUUCUACUACUGUCUACAUUGACCUUAUAAUCCAAUCUGUCCUUGAAGUGGAUGGGCAGACUCAGAAAGUUACCACCAGCCUUUGGUAUCGCCAAAUAUGGAACGAUGAGUUUCUUGUUUGGGAUCCUGAAGAGUUUGAUGGAAUUACUGAGAUAUCGCUCUCCUCAGACGCCAUCUGGGUGCCUGACAUCAUCAUAAGUGAAUCUGUGGAUGUUGGUAAAUCCCCGGUCAUUCCAUAUGUUUAUGUCAACUGCUCAGGAACAGUGAAAAACUACAAACCCGUCCAGGUGGUCUCAGCCUGUCACCUGGAGAUUUACGCCUUUCCUUUUGACAGGCAGAAUUGCACUUUGACCUUUCGCAGCUGGCUCCAUUCAGUGAAUGAAGUGGAUUUAGGUCUGUGGAGGUCAGCCGAAGAAAUCGCCAGAGACACCAGAGAGUAUAUGAAUGAUGGUGAAUGGGAGCUGCUGUCUGUCCCUUCACACUACUGGACUCUGAAUAUAGAGGAUAGAGACUACGCCCACAUUCAGUUUAAUGUGUUGAUUCGCAGGCGCCCCCUGCAGUACGUGGUAAGUCUGCUCCUCCCCAGUAUCUUCCUCAUGGUUGUGGAUGUCAUCAGCUUCUACCUACCACCCAACAGUGGGACUCGCAUCACUUUCAAGACCAGCAUUCUUCUGGGCUACACUGUGAUCAGAGUCAACCUAAUGGACGAAAUCCCUGCUACAGCCAUCAAAACCCCCCUCAUUGGGGUUUUCUUUGCUGUCUGUAUGGCACUGCUGGUGCUCAGUCUGGCAAAGUCCAUUUUCGUGGUAAAGCUUUUGCAUUACAGUGAGAGGGAUGUCAAGGGGAUGUCCAUAUCUGCAUGUUUACUCGACAAAUACGGCUCAACAGACCAAAGCUUUAUGGAGAGCACUUUCACUUCAUUGAAGACGCUGGAUGAUGUGGAUCAGUCAGGGGGCUAUGAGUUUGAUCUUUCUUCAGAGACAGAUCUGUUCUCCCUCACAGAUGUAACAGACAGUGACUCUCCACUGGAGAAAAUCCUGCAGGAGGUGGUGAAUCUCAAACUGUACCUUCAGGAGGAGGACAAUGAAUGCAUUGCACAUUCUUACUGGGUGGCGCUGUGCCUUAAAGUAGACAAGCUCCUCUUUAGAGUUUACUUUGUGCUUGUGCUUAUCUACUCUAUGACUCUGAUGCUGCUCUGGAGUGGAUGGAGCUCAGUGUGA